AUGACCACAUCAUUCUUUGCUGAUAAAACUCAUAAAACCAAACCAAGAUAUGUUUAUAUUGGUCGACGAGAUUUAAAUUCUAUUUGGUAUCCACAAAAUGUCAUUCGAAAUCAAAAGUAUAACAUUCUCACCUUUGCUCCAUUAGUCUUCUUCGAACAAUUUCGUUCGUUCCUCAAUCUCUAUGGUCUCAUUAUGGCAUGCACGCAAAUUAUUCCAUCCGUUCGUGUUUCACCUCUUUACACCUAUUGGCUUCCAAUCGGAUUCAUCAUACUUAUUGGCAUGAUACGCGAAGGUUAUGAUGAUAUGAAACGAGUUUAUCGUGAUCGAGAACUCAAUUCUCAGAAGUAUAUUCUAUUGAAAGCCAAUGGACAAAAAGAAGAAAUUUCAAGUUCAGAUAUUAAAGUAUCUGAUAUUAUUAUUAUACAGAAGAAUCAACGUGUACCAGCAGACGUCGUACUCUUGCAAACAUCGGAUAAAUCAGGCAGUUGUUUCAUUCGUACUGAUCAACUCGAUGGUGAAACUGAUUGGAAAUUACGAAUUGCUAGCACGCUGACUCAAUCAGUUGCAGAUAUAUCCGUUUUCAUAACGGAUAAGAAUGCAUCGGGAAAAAUCUAUGCUGAACCACCAUCAUUGAGUAUUCACGAAUUUACCGGCGUCUUAUCAUGGAGGGCAGAUGAGCCAUUAACUGCUGAAAACACGCUUUGGUCAGGAACAGUUCUGGCGUCUGGCGAAGCGACCUGCUGUGUUGUUUACACUGGCUCGGAUACACGUAUGGUGAUGAAUACUAGUAAACCACGUGCUAAGUUUGGUCUAGUCGAUGCGGAAAUCAAUACAUUAGCAAAAUUACUUGUUGCAGCUGGACUUACGUUAUCUAUCACGAUGGUUAUAUUAGAAGGUUUUCAAGGUUCUUGGAUACGAGAACUAGUUCGAUUUCUUCUUCUCUUUUCUAAUAUGAUUCCGAUUAGUCUCCGAUUGAACUGUGAUAUCGGUAAAUUUGUUUCCUCUUGGUUCAUUCAACAAGAUAAGAACAUACCGGGUACCGUUGUACGUACGAGUACUAUUCCAGAAGAAUUAGGUCGAAUUGGUUAUCUAUUAACUGAUAAAACAGGGACAUUAACACAAAAUGUAAUGGUGUUCAAACGUUUACACUUGGGAACAGUAUCGUAUACGAACGAUGAUCGCACUGAUCUGUCAAAUAUAUUAACUGAACACUCUCGAACAGCAACGAUAGAAGCAUCCGAAAGUCAACAACCUAUGUCGUCAACUAGUCGCACACGUAGUAUACUUCGAAAGACAGAAUCAAUGAAAGUUUGUGAAGCAAUCACAGCCUUAGCUAUCUGUCACAAUGUUACACCAGUAUUCGAUGAAGAAACAACAGCAAGAACAGUAAAUUCGAUUGACGACGAAAAUCAUUCACAUGGUUUUGCAUCAGAUACACCAAUGACUAGCACGACAUCAUUACACACUACAGAUGGUAUGGGUUCAAUGGAAUUAUUACCACGAAAAAGUGUAACAUAUCAAGCGUCGAGUCCUGACGAAAUUGCUCUUGUCGAAUGGACUGAAAGUAUUGGCUUAACGCUUGUUCAUCGUGAUUUGCAGUCGUUAACCUUAAAAUUCAAUUCUUCUCAACAAUUGCAUCAUUACAAAAUCUUGCAAAUGUUUCCGUUCACUUCUGAAACGAAACGCAUGGGCAUUAUCGUGCAAGACGAACAAACCAAUGAAAUAAUAUUUUAUUUAAAAGGUGCUGAUAUUGUUAUGCAGAACAUCGUCCAGUACAAUGAUUGGUUACUAGAAGAAUGCUCAAAUAUGGCUCGUGAAGGUUUACGAACACUAGUUGUUGGAAGAAAAGUAUUAACCAGCGCACAAUAUCAAGCAUUCGAGCAACGAUUAACGAAAGCACGUUUACAAACAACUGACCGCAAUCGUUAUAUCAACGAAGUUGUCGGAAAUUUAGAAAAUGACUUCGAACUAUUGUGCGUAACCGGUGUUGAAGAUAAAUUACAAGACGAUGUACGACAAACGUUAGAAGUUUUACGUACAGCUGGUGUGAAAAUAUGGAUGUUAACUGGUGAUAAAGUUGAAACCGCAACAUGUAUCGCGAAAAGUUCUCGACUAAUUGGACGCGAUCAUGAUGUUUAUAUUUUCAAACAAGUAGGAACACGCGAAGAAUGUUCACAAGAGAUGAAUGUUUUUCGACGAAAAAUAGAUCCAUGCUUGAUCAUAACCGGUGAUACUUUACAAAUAUGUUUAUCGUUCUAUGAAAAAGAGCUUAUGGAAUUGAUUAUUAAUUGUCCUGCAGUUGUGGUUUGUCGAUGUUCACCAACACAGAAAGCAAGCGUCGUAGGCUUGUUGAAAACCUAUGGAAAUCGAGGAUUACGGGUUACCGCGGUCGGCGAUGGAGGAAAUGAUGUUAGUAUGAUUCAAAAAGCACAUGUUGGCAUAGGUAUUGUCGGUAAAGAAGGUAAACAAGCUUCCUUAGCUGCUGACUUCUCCAUCACUCAAUUCUCUCAUAUAUCUCGUUUGUUAUUUGUCCAUGGUCGUAAUAGCUAUACACGUACAGCGCAACUCUCUCAAUUUGUCAUGCAUCGUGGUAUGAUCAUCUCCAUCAUGCAAGCAAUAUUCUCAUCCGUGUUUUACUUUUCGUCGAUUGCAUUAUUCCAAGGUAUUCUACUGGUUGGUUAUGGAACAUUCUAUACAAAUUUUCCUGUUUUUGCACUUGUAUUGGACCAAGACGUUCGACCGGAAAUCGCUUUGCUCUAUCCCGAACUGUACAAAGAACUUACGAAGGGAAGACAGAUAUCAUUCAAAACAUUCUUUCUCUGGGCUUUUAUCUCAACUUAUCAAGCUGCUGCAAUCAUGUACGGUGCAAUGAUCAAAUUCGAUGAUGAUUUUAUUCAUAUUGUAUCGAUUACAUUUACGGCAUUAAUUGUAACAGAAUUGAUUAUGGUUGCUCUAACAGUACGUUCAUAUAUGGCAUCCGCUAAUGUUUGUCGCCGAGGCGUUAAGUUUCAGUUGCUAUGUCCUUUCGCUAAUCAUUUUCAGAUCUCAUUUCGAUUCGGAAUUUCUCCAAUCAUGGGAUUUUAUAUGGGGCGUGACGCUGAUUACAUUAAUCUCAUGUUUACCACUCGGCAUUCUCAAAUUUCUCCGAAUCCGAUUCAAACCGCCAGUGUAUCAAAAGCUCAUGCAAUACUCAACCUUCAAAUAAAUAUUUUUUUUCUAACCGAAAUCAAUUAA